CGGUGUCCCCUCCCCUCCCCGGCCCUCCCCAUCCCUCCCCCUCCCCCGUGGCAAGGCGGCGGCGGUCGAGGCGGCGGCGGCGGCGGCGGGCGGGGCUCGCAUCGGGCUCCGCGGGCGGGCGGGCGGACAUGGCGGCCAACAUGUACCGGGUCGGAGAUUAUGUUUACUUUGAGAAUUCCUCCAGCAACCCAUACCUAAUCAGAAGAAUAGAAGAACUCAACAAGACUGCAAGUGGCAACGUGGAAGCAAAAGUCGUAUGCUUCUAUAGACGACGUGAUAUCUCCAACACGCUUAUAAUGCUUGCAGAUAAGCAUGCUAAAGAAACAGAGGAAGAAACGGAGAUGACGGUUGAGCCUGACUUGACUGAGAAGCAGAAGCAUCAGUUGAAACAUAGGGAACUCUUUCUGUCCCGCCAGUAUGAGUCCCUUCCUGCAACACAUAUCAGAGGGAAAUGCAGCGUUGCCCUGCUGAAUGAGACAGAGUCGGUGCUGUCCUACCUUGACAAAGAGGAUGCCUUCUUCUACUCAUUGGUGUAUGACCCUUCAGUGAAAACUUUAUUAGCCGACAAAGGCGAAAUCAGAGUGGGCCCAAAGUAUCAGGCUGACAUUCCAGACAUGCUACCAGAAGGAGACUCAGAUGAGAGGGAACAAUCCAAAUUGGAAGUUAAAGUUUGGGAUCCCAAUAGUCCACUUACGGACCGACAGAUUGACCAGUUUUUAGUUGUAGCCCGUGCUGUUGGGACAUUUGCCCGUGCCCUGGAUUGCAGCAGCUCCGUGAGGCAGCCCAGCUUACAUAUGAGCGCAGCUGCAGCCUCCCGAGACAUCACCUUGUUCCAUGCCAUGGAUACGCUGUACAGGCACAGCUAUGACCUGAGCAGCGCCAUAAGUGUCCUGGUGCCACUUGGAGGGCCAGUCCUAUGCAGAGAUGAGAUGGAGGAGUGGUCAGCCUCUGAAGCCAGCUUAUUUGAAGAAGCACUAGAAAAAUAUGGCAAAGACUUCAAUGACAUCCGUCAGGACUUUCUCCCGUGGAAGUCCUUGACUAGCAUCAUUGAGUAUUAUUACAUGUGGAAAACUACUGACAGAUACGUGCAGCAGAAACGCCUAAAAGCCGCAGAAGCUGAGAGCAAACUGAAACAAGUGUACAUCCCAACUUACAGCAAACCAAAUCCCAACCAAAUAUCCACCAGCAAUGGCAAGUCUGGCACUGUGAACGGAGCUGUGGGGACCACGUUCCAGCCCCAGAACACCCUCCUAGGGCGAGCCUGUGAGAGCUGCUAUGCCACGCAGUCCCAUCAGUGGUAUUCCUGGGGCCCGCCUAACAUGCAGUGUAGACUGUGUGCGACCUGUUGGCUGUAUUGGAAAAAGUAUGGAGGUCUGAAAAUGCCCACACAAUCAGAAGAACAGAAGUCUCCCAGUCCUACUGCAGAGGACCCGCGUGUGAGAAGCCACCUGUCCCGGCAGGCCAUGCAGGGCAUGCCGGUCCGGAACACUGGGAGUCCUAAGUCCGCAGUGAAGACCCGCCAAGCUUUCUUCCUCCAUACUACGUAUUUCACGAAAAUUGCUCGUCAGGUCUGCAAAAACACCCUGCGGCUGCGGCAGGCAGCAAGACGGCCAUUUGUUGCUAUUAAUUAUGCUGCCAUUAGGGCAGAAUAUGCAGACAGACAUGCCGAACUUUCUGGAAGCCCACUGAAAAGCAAAAGCACUAGGAAACCUUUGUCCUGUAUCAUUGGGUAUUUAGAGAUCCAUCCUGCAAAGAAACCUAAUGUAAUUCGAUCUCCACCAAGCCUGCAAACUCCAACCACCAAGAGGAUGCUCACCACUCCGAACCACACCUCUCUGAGCAUUCUGGGGAAAAGAAACUACAGCCAUCACAAUGGCCUGGAUGCCUCCAAGAUUCGGAUGGUGAAUUCUCUGAUUUUCGGAAGGGGAGGACAUGAACUCAGAAGCCUGCAACUAGAGACUGUAAAAGAGAUUGCUUUUGUGGCAUCGGUUGGUCAGAGGGCAGAGUCUCCGAGUCCACGGGCUUCAAGUACUUCUGAGUAGUCAAACCAAUAGGGAACAUUUUGCAGAAAUCAAAAACUUACCUGCUGUGUGUCAGACUGAGCUAUCCCUAUUCCAUCCUGUUCUUCGAGACCUGGCUACUGUCCCGCUGGUGGUCACGGCCAUGCCUGGAAAGAAGGUGGUCCCUUCCGUGGGAGAGCUUCGUGCACACUCCUUGGAGGCCAAAAGGGGCAGGGAAGAAACUGUAGGAGCUCACAGUCUGUGUCUGUGACUCGGUGUGUGUGAGCCAGAGGCACCU